AUGCAUAUUCCAGCUUCAGGUCAUGCAGCAGCAACACUACCACCCUCACAACCAUCUGAGAUGGAAAGCCGAGGCUCCUCGAGACUCCUCGAGGAACCACUGUCUCAAUCAUCGCAACGAAGAAUAUUCUCAAAAACUGAUCCCCCCAGGACAUUGCAGGAUCCUGUUCCCCGCGAAAGCAAACAUCUGGACAAAAGAAGCCUUGAUUAUAUCCUGCGCUCUGGUUUCGCAGGCGGAUUGGCAGGAUGUGCGGCCAAAACUGUCGUCGGUCCUCUCGAUCGAGUCAAGAUCCUCUUUCAGGCCUCUAACCCUCAAUUUGCAAAAUACACAGGAAGUUGGUUUGGCGUGGUGACAGCGAUGCACGAUAUCAAUAAGCAAGAUGGGCUGCGAGGAUUAUUUCGCGGACAUUCAGCCACCCUCCUCAGAAUCUUUCCCUAUGCUGGAAUCAAGUUUCUUGCCUACGAGCAAAUAAGAGCAUUUGUUAUACCCGGCAAGGCCCACGAAACACCCCUUCGUCGUUUCCUCUCUGGAUCGUUGGCAGGAAUUACAUCUGUCUUCUUCACCUAUCCCCUCGAGGUCAUUCGUGUCCGACUAGCUUUCGAGACGAAACGAGACUCUCGAUCUUCAUUAACGAGGAUAUGCCAACAAAUCUACCACGAACAACCUCCCCAACCAGAAGCCCUGGCAGGACACAAUUCCAUUGCAGUCGCCUCGAGUGUUGCACGUAAAGCCGCCCCUAAAUCCGGUCUGGUCAAUUUCUACCGUGGCUUUUCUCCAACGCUUCUUGGAAUGCUCCCGUACGCAGGAAUGUCAUUUUUGACUCACGAUACAAUAGGAGAUCUGUUCAGACAUCCAAGCCUUGCACCAUAUACUGUCCUGCGAUCAACAGCAACAGCCCCAACCCCACCCGUCGAUGGUUCUGGCAGAACUACCAAAGCAUACCCCCGAAGCCAGUUGAAUGCCCCAGCAGAGCUCAUCUCGGGGGCUCUAGCAGCCUUGGUGUCUCAGACAGCUUCAUACCCCCUGGAAGUGAUCCGACGUCGAAUGCAGGUUGGUGGGGUAAUAGGUGAUGGUCAUAGAUUGGGCAUAUCAGAAACAGCGCGGCGGAUAUGGCUCGAAAGAGGUUGGAGAGGUUUCUUUGUCGGUCUCACCAUUGGUUAUAUCAAGGUUAUUCCGAUGGGAGCCACAAGCUUCUAUGUUUAUGAACGCGCAAAAUGGUUGAUGGGUAUCUGA